AUGGCUGAUGUUGGCGGUAUGAUAGCCGCGACAGGCAUAGAAAGUCCGAACAAACGGGCUAAAAUGGACAUGGAAUUACCAGCAACCAACUUCGAUGAAUCAAAAUUCGCCAGAUAUUACAGAACGGACGCAGUCGCCUCUCUCACAAGCUCGCAUUCCUCGCCAGUUGCCAGUGACUCAUCAGCAUUUUAUUCAUACCCGUACACCUUCACAUCGAAUUCUUUCUCUUCGUACACUUAUCCUUGUGGUCAGACGGACGCAACAGCGUUAUACACAUACCCAGCAUCGUACGGCGUUCAGUACAGCACGUUAAAUGGUUUCACUUCGGAAUAUUCCGCAACGACAGGUAUGCAGCAAUGCGCUUAGCUUCUUCACAAAUUUUAAUACUGAUAUCGCUUAAUGCGUUACUGGAGAGAUCAUAAAUAUUUCAGCUGGCGUUCUAAGUUUCAUUGUGGAAGUUGGGGUAAUCAGUUUAGGAACGAAUUUUUUUUACAAAGAAAGAUAGAACUUCUGGUGAAAGAACCGCGUGAGAGAUUUAGCGAUGAAAUUCGGGAUUGACUUUGGGCGUGCACGAAACUGGGUUAAUGUUCUUAGGUGCUCUAUUACUGUGCGCGUCUGCGCUUCCCGUGUCUGUUGUCUCAAUAUUGUUGUUAAACUUGGAAAUUCAUCUAUUUUUAAAUGAAUGUCACGUUUAGUCAAUAAUCCAUGAAUGUUGUGCCGCUUGGGUUUAAAAAAGAAUCAACCCGCUUUACAACGCCGGGCGCAUUAAAACGCAGUGCGUGCUCGAGGAAAUGACAUUUGAAUGCUGCAUUAUAGCCCCUGUCAUUCUCCUGCGAGCUCAUUGACCACGCAAUUUCUGGAAACCGUCUUCCUGAAAUAAUGAAAGAAACAUAUCUUUCAUUUGAUACUUGAGCCCGGUCGCAGCUGUAUUCAUCGCGGAAUGCAUCUGCGUUAAUAGUUUGACAUAAAGGAUUAUUUUCCUCUCUCAGAAAAAAAAUUCUCUGUCGCUCUUAUCGUAAACUUACGUGGUACAUUUCUUCUGCCUUGGUGAUAUGAAUGGAAAUAGUUAAUGAGAAAAGCUUAGAGCAAUAUCGUUGUUGACUUUUUCGUGGGAGUCAAGCAGACUUUUUUUGAUGUGCUAUCAGCAAUCUUUAUCUCUCUAGUUAUUUUUUCGAGGCAGGUCCUUCCUUGUAAGGUCUUGUAACGGAUUAUCUGUAUAGUUUCCUAGUCUUUCCACGACACCCUGAUAAAUGGAUUUUCCAUAAAUGUCAGUUACUUGCAUUCUCUACGGUUUUUUUGAUUGAAAUAUAAAAGAAAAGACACUUACUCGAUCAUUGGCCACAAUUAUUAUUGAAGCAGAUAAUUGUUAACUCUUGUACUCCAUACUCCAGUGAACACUCUGGAGCGUAACAUCCUUUGUUAUUUUGAUCCAGGGAGGAAUUGAAAAUCACUGAUCCAUAUCACAAUAAUAAGGCUGUGCCUUGGGAUUUAAUUCUUGGAUUGUUGUUCUUUGAUCUGGUAAAACCAAGGAACCGGCCUGCAGUGAUUUUGUCCGUGUGAUGUUGUUUGCCCAUACCCUUGUUUCACCUAAUGCUAAAUCAAUAUAGUUUCCCAAGGGUACGGUGUAAUCAACAGUAUUGUCAUUACUGAGCCUUUCUAAGUGGAACGUUUUUAUUCCACCUCAUUAAAAUUAUUGUGCCACGUUCAGCUGUAAAAAAGCUCAGGUAUUAGGCCGAGUUUUUUGAGGAGUGAACAUUGGUCAGUCGAAGAAAAUUUCCACAAGUUGUUUUCAUAGGUUGAAUUUGUUAAUUAGGAACUCUUGAGACUGAAUACAAGAGUAUUCAGAUCUCCACUGUUAGGGUAAAUAUAAAAUGUAUAAUUAUGUUGUUUUGUUUUUGUUCAACACUUCUUUUUAAGCUUUUUAGUCUGUUCUAUUUUAGAACUGCAAACAGAGAAAAAAUUCCAAGACCGCCUGAUAUCACAGAAGAGGGAAUUUACACUCAACACAUUCUCUAUGAUUAUUUCUAAUUCUCACAAAAUGGCAAGUCCAUAAAAAAAUCAAUAUUAAAAUCCAUGUUGCAUUGAAAAAGGCCUUUGUUGCAGGGAAGACUUUCUUUAAGAUGAUAAUAUUAGGCUUGGGGCAACUUCAAUUAUUCAAUUCCAAGAAUCACAUGCUGUGAGACUGGGUCAACGUACAUGUGUAUUACUGAAUACUCAAAUGGUUAACAACCAAUCAGACAAAAGUAUAUUACAGACUUGCAAAUUUGCAUCAGAUUCAGACUCUGCUUUCAUUUAUACCAAGCUUUUGUAAUUUUGUGUUUACUUCAUACCAAGCAAAAUUAAUAUUUUGUGAUUUAAAAAUGUCUUCUUAGAUUCAGAUCAAUGACAAUUUCUUUUAACCUCUCAAGAUUGUUAUCUGAGAGAGUGUUUCAUUGCAGAAAAGUAAAGCUAAGAUGCCCAUCUUUUUUUGUGUAUUAUCAUCAUAAUUUCUAGUGAAGUAUUUGUUGCUGUUACAAGUCUUUCAAUAAAGCUGAACUUGUAAUAAGUGAAAAAGAAUGGUUAAGGUCAUUAUAAGUUGGAAGUCUUGUUAUAAAAAUCAGCUGUUUCUGAUUUUGCUCAAUUAUUUUUAUCAUAGUAUGCUUUUCAGUUAUUACCACAAAUAUGUCAUUUCAUUUGCUAUGGUGAAGAACAAUUUUUUUUGUUACAAAUCCAGCUAAAAAAAGAGCUUAAAUUUUAGUUUUAUCUAAAGAUGUCAUGUACAUUGAGAAAUUUUGUUGUCUUAAAUUAUCCCUUUAAAUGUGCACUUUGGUGACCAAUAUUGUUUUUAUUGAAAUUUCAUCCAAAUGUUUGCAGAUAUUAAUGGUAAAAUGCUUCCAGUAUCUCUGCCAUGAUUUUUUCCAAGGCAUCCCUGUAGCUAGACAAAACGCUGACUGUAAAAAUUGAUUGCUUUCAUAGGCAGAUGUUAUUUCCCUGAAAUGCCCAACCUUGCUUUGAUUUAUGGUUCUCUGAUUGUUCUUAUAUUUUUUUGCAGCGCAGUUUUUAAUAGGUGCAAAUGAAAAUGUGGGGAGGGAAUGCCUUAAGCCAAAAACUUAUUUUGCCUGAGAGAGUGAAUUUUCUCUUUCUUGCUUUGUGUUACUUAAAAUUUAAUGGUGUGAAAAGCAACCUGCAGUGAUGCUAGAUGCCAUAUCCACAUGGUUGGGGCCUUGAUACUGAAUUACAAUGCAGGUUCACAGCUGCAUAUUAUGGUGAAUAAAUGUGAAAGGGGUGGCUUAGUUUAUUACAAAAUCCUGAUUUUCAAAAAUCUGUUCAUGCUUUUCUAACUUAGCCAAGUUCCUGCACAAGUAGGUCCUUCCAUUGUACUAUUUAUACACUUGGCUGAAUCCCUUGGACCUUUUAACAUAAUAUUUUAUACUACAUGUAGCUAGCAGGCUAGAGUUUCAGGACAUUAUGUAAUUUAUCAGUGUUUUGCACUGCUCAUAGUGUAUUUCUGUGGGCGUUUAAUUUGCGAUGGUUUCAGGGGAAAUAAUAGAUGUGGCUGACAGAAUCUCAGAAUUGUUUUAUUACAUGUUGACCACUUGCGCCCACUGACUAAUAAACUUGCCAUUUAUUUCAGGUUAUUCGCUCUCUCCAAGCUCUUCAAUCUCCACAUUAACAUCAAGCUCGAGCAUUAGUAUUCCACAAUCAUUAACUGGUAACUCAACUGCACAUCACAAUACACCUCCUUCACGUGUCAUCCACUGUCGAGCAGUCGCAGAUGGCUGCAAGGAAACAGACUUAAUAGGUGUUCUUCAACCUUUCGGGAAAAUAACGUGAGUAUGAGACUUUAUUUCAUAAAAAUCAGGUACAAAAAUUGAUGUGUGGUACAUUCCACUUUUCUCUCUUUACAAGGAACUUACUAGAGAGAAGAGUGGUAACUUACUUCUCUUAGAAAUUAAUAAUGGUAGAAUUUACAGUUAAGACUAAAAUACAUGAAGUAAAGCUUAUGCUAACAAAUCAUCUUUGUGUGAGUUAAAAAAAAGACUUCUAGACAGAGUUGCUAUCCAUGGCAACCAUAAUUCCUUAUUGCCACCAGCCAAAACCAAGAGAACUUCCAUGAUAAAUCAAAGUUAUUAAUUAAAAAUGGCAUGUCUGUUGUAUUCUAAUUGUGUGUAAUUUUGACUAAUGAGAACCCAACACAGUGCAGCUUGUAUGUAGUAUCUUUUUGAUGUUGCUGUUUCAAUCUGUUGCCUGUAUGUAAUAAGGAUAACAUGACCUUGACCUACUGUAGUUAAUGUUAGUUUUGACCUUAAAACCUGAAGGACAAAAUUCAUGUGAGCAACAUUCAGAUGUAGGCCUGGUUGAUGCAAUACAAAAAUCUUCUGCCAGCAAAACAGAAGUGUUUAUUAUAAUAGUUCUUUGUUUCCCAAGAGUGACCAGAAUCUUAUUUCUCCUGGCAAAAUUACUACUCAAACAAACCUGAAGGUAAUGAGAAUGUAGGAAAUGAUCACAAUGAUUCAAGAAAUGUCUCUGCAUUUGAAUCAAUUUUCCUUCUUUAACAACUCGGAAAGCUUAUGCUUAGUGACGUGCAUAUGAUGAGGGAGCAUAUAUUAAGGUUUAAUUAUCAGUAGGUAGUUUGUGCAACCCCACAUUGAUGGUAACAAGAACGUGAAAAUGAGAGAAACAGUGACUCUGCACAUGCAUCAAACUUUUUGAUACAUUUCUUUGCUGACACUGCACAAUGUCGACCUGAAAUUGCUUAAUUUUGGGUUUUGGGAGGAGAUAAGUGAACAACAACAAAUUUUUUUUCCAUUUAUUUGUCUUCAAAUGUGGUCUCUAAUACCUGAACUUAUUAAGGAAAAUUUGCCUACACCUGACAAGUUAAAAGGGUUGGAAUAAUCAUGAACAAGUUUGAAAGAACGCAAAUAUAUCUUUAUUAGUGACGUUUUCACUGCCAUCAUUGUCGUGGUUGCAUAACUUCCCUAUUAUCCAAGAGUGGAAAAUUCCUCAAGGGAAUUACAUGUAUAUAUAGAGUACUGCUUAAAAUUUUGCCCACAUUUGGGAACCUUUCCCACAAAAACAAAGUAUAAUUUUUCCGAUUUGUUUUUUUUCCAGUGUUGUUUUUCUUUGGUUUGUGUACACUCUUUUGUGAGAUAAUGAUAAUAAAAAAGGAAAAAUUAACCCACAAAAUACCGGUAGUUUUAUUCAUGUACAUGUAAACAUAUUUGCACAAAUAGUAUGAUGACUGCUUUUUCUCUCAUAGUUUUAAAUGGUUAUUUUUCUAUGUACAAUGUUCAUUUUAUUCUGACAGAGCAAGUUGCAAAAUUUUUACAGUGUAUGUGUGAUUAAGUCUUCCCCAAAAGUAAUGAGCAAAUCUUUCUGGGAAAAAUUUCAGCUGAUUCUCUUGCUCCUCAACAAUCGACAUAUGAAAAAUGACUUUUGUUAUUGAGACAGUUUACUGGAAAAUGCUGCAGAUAUUAUUUAGCUUGCGUGCUAACAACAAAGGAAAUAGGAGACAUCUACACGCGGCAAAUAUUAAUAACGUUAUAAUUAUUUUAUGUUUUAAAAAUAGCUACAGUGUAACUUUUUACACAUUUACAGUAAUUAGUCUCAGCAAAAGAUUUUUACCAAAAUUGUAAUAAUUUGAACAAGGAAAUCUAUCUGAAAAUCGCAAUAAUAAUGCAGUUAUUAUUUUGUAACAAUCUUCUUAUCAGAAAUGUUUACAGUGAUGGUUGUACAUGUAGGUUGCUGGACAAAUAUUGCACUGAGGAACAGUCAGGCACAAUAAUACUAAUAUUCUUUCCUUUGAGUAUCCUUUGCAAAAACAAGGAGGCUGAUUUACAUGUACUACAGUAAGACUGCAGUUUCUAGUUAUCAGCGUGACUUGAGUGGAUUAUUUGAAGUUCUUUUAAAUUUGAAAUGUUUUCCAGUCUGCGCGUUUUUUCCCUUGAUGUUGUUCAUGGAUUCUGUACCAGUUCUGGCUGAAUAAUAGUUUAGAAUGCAGCUUUGUUCAACACUGGCUAAAAUUUGUUUUAAUACCCAGCCCUGAUUAUUUUUGGCUUGCAGAUCAUAAUGCAUGGAAUCAGUUGCGGGUGAUAGUUCUUUUUUUAAUUUUCUUUUUCUGGUUAUGUACCACUUGCAUUGCCUUUAUCUCUUUAUUAUAGUACACAGUAAAGAAAGGAAACUGAAUUUUACUGUUUAUUUGCUUUAUCAUUAACACAUUAUCACCAUCACGUAAUAAUUAGUUGUAUUGCUUUUAAUACGUACUAGAAUCACUCGGGCAUCAUGUGUAUGUCACAUGGGGGACUGGAAGAAACUAAAAUAAAAAUAUGUGCUGAUUUCUGUGCUAUUUAAAAAUGUUUUUCAUCAAUAUUCAAGAUGUGUAAGAUCACUGAAAAAUCCUUUUUGGCAAAAAAUGAUUAUCAGCAGAUGCAAGAAAAUAAUUUGAUAAUAUAGAUGUAUUUUACUGUUCUGUUGUUCUUGCUGACAGAAAGACUGCUUUGUGACAGUUUAUAGAUAAAACUUUCGUGAUAUCUAAUUUUUUUGUAUUUUUGACCAUUUUAAAGCUAUUUUUGGUCUGACUUUCUCAGAGACACGUACACAAUGCAUCCACCAUGUACACAUACAUGGAAGGGUGGUUGAGUUUCCUGUAUUCCCGUUCCAAAGUCUACAUGUAGCACUUCUGUGGAUGAAAAAGAAACCAAAAAUUUAAUGCAUUUUUGAUACUGUUGUGAAGCACGUGCAACUAUGUACUUACCAAAAAAUGUUGGUAAUUUGGUCUCAGCUUUUGAAUAAAUUGCAUUAGUUGCUAAAUAGCGGCUUCUUAAAUACUGCUUCUGUCAUAAUUCAUUGUUAUUCAAUUUGUAUCCAUUUCUAAUCCACUGUAAGGAAUCACUCAGUGACUAUAAAAUUUCGUACAGUUUGUGGCAUAAUGGUGAUGAAAUAAAUUUUCUUAUUGUUGGUAAGACAUGUCGUGACUCUGAGUCUUGUCGAAAAUUUUAGGAAUGUUUUCUUUUUCAUCCCUGAAAUGGUUUUCUUGGUACAUGGUUCGCUUGGAUCAGGGAAAAAUUAAAACACCGAAUGACUGAAUGAAUGACUAAAUCUUGUUCAUCAGAAAGUCCUUUUUUUUAAAGAAAAAAAAAUGGUUUAGCUAAUUUCAAAACAUUAUUGUAGAGCCUCUUAUCUAUUUGUGCCGACUUAUUAAUUCUAAAGCAUCUUGGCCAAGUUUUGGAUGCCUUCAGAAUUGACCUGAUGACCUUACUGUUUACAAGCAAGUCAUUCACUGAUAUUUUACAUGCUGGCUAUUGAACUUAAAAUCUAGGAGCUUUGUUGCCAGAGCUUCAAGCUGACUACUACAGAUAACCACUUCUAAAUUUGUUUGCCUGAUAAUCAUUUUAAAACUACUGUAAAGGCACUUAGUUUAUGUGUGUUUUGUAACAGAGACAUGUGAAGAUGGUUCGUUGAUAAGAUGACAACAUGUGCUAAUUUUAAAAGGUCAUGGCACUUAUUUUGUAGAAAAACAAAAAAUGUGUUCAUUCCCUUAAUUGGACAUGUGCUCAAGAAUAAGCAAUUUGUACUAUGGUCACCAUUUCAUUGCAACUACUGUAUAAGACGUUGAGAAUUCCUCAAUUUUUUGUUUUCGUUCACAAUGUAGGAAUAUUGUUCUUUAAAUCUUCAUAGAUUACUGAUUGGGAAAGGGAAUUGAAUUUUGGCAGCUGAAUAAAUAAUAGGAAGAAUAGAAUAAUAAAAAUGGCCAAUUUGAAAGCUUCAGUUUUCCUUCAUGUGCUGCCACACAGCAAUAAGAUGUGUGGUGAGAGGAUGUAGUAUCAAACUUGUUUGUUGUAUUGGAGGAUGAAAUCUUAGCUUGAUAGCAAAAUUUACUCAGCUACAUCUUUUUUAAAGUAGUUUAAAUUAUUGUCAGUGAUAGUUUUGUUAUUCUUGAUUAAUCCCCAGUCUAUAAUUUUUUUUCCUUUUUUGGCAAUUUUGUGUCUCUCCCUUAGCACAAGGAAAUAAACUAUGGCACUUCCAAACUCCUUUGAUCAAGAAAUAAAAGCAAAAAAAAUUACAGGGAUAUAGCUAAGAGGCUGGCAGCUGACAGCAAAUUUCACUGCUGAAAGAACCGGAAUAAAAAACAUGGGGUAAUUUUAAAGGCGGGCUUGACUUGUAAGCUUCCUUGUAUCAGGGCUCAGAUAGAACUGUUGAGCACCUUUGUUCAUGACUACAAAAUGAGCACGGGUGGGAGUUCUUUCCCUGGAAAGGUCGUCAUAGAUCAAUGUGCCAGUAUUAGUAACAGAGCCACCUUAACAAAGUUUACUCUAGCUCUGUAGGUUCAUUCUCUUAUUCUUUUACAGAUACGUGACAUUAUUGCCAAAAAUAAGACAAGCAUUGGUGGAAUUUGAAGUAAGUUGGCCUAUCCUUCAACCAUGGUUAGAGUUUCUAGUUAAUUAAAAUGCAUCUCUAAAACACAAGAUGCAUGAGGUCUUCACAUAUUACAUGUACAUGUUUCUUUCCUGAGCUUUUCCUCUCAACAUUGGUUUCACAGGUUUGAUUUAGUUUUCCGGUAAAUCAACAUUGAAGGGGAAAAUGAGAAAAAAUAUCAACAGUCUUUUCCAAGUAUUUUGUUCAAGUUGGUUUGUGUACUUGUAGAUGUAGGUCACUUGAGUGCUGGACCAUAUGUUUUCAUUAAACCUAUCACCAAUAAAUGGGUGUGGGGAAGGUGCCCGAGUAAACUGAGGGAGCCGCAAGCGAGCAUGAAGGUAACCAUGACAACCCUGUGAGCGGCACCGCCAGGCACCAUCACACUGAGAACUUCAGUGGAAAGUUUUCAAAUACUUACCAAGACCCAUCCAGAGUGAGGGAAGGGCUGGGAGCCAAAAGGCUUUGGCACAAGCACAAGUAAAGACAGUGUGUACGAAACGAACUUGAUCUUUAAAGGAGCGCUUUAAAAAUACUGGGGCUCUGAAAAAGCCCUAAGCCCACCCCACAUACGAUUAGCAACGGAGACCACUGGUCAGCAUGGUCUCUUGUUUAACCUCGCCUAAAUUACAUUUAGCCACGUUUGCUCCUCAAGUUUACGUCCCCUUGAUCUGUCCCUGCCGCUUGGGGACUGGUAGUUUGUUAAGCUUCUUCAAAUCCCAGAUUUUCCAAGGUGAGGUACUCGGGGGGUUUUGUGAAUAUUGUUUCUAAAAUGUACCAUUUUAUAUUGUUCCAAGUUGCAUCCACAAAGUCAGUAAAGAGUAGCUUUGUUAUGGAAUAUUUUUUAGAGCCUUUUUAAUGGCCUUUCAACUGUAUUAGCGAAAAUGUUGCUUUCUAAGAAGUUCCUGUAUUUGCGUUUAAACGUUUUUACUGAAGCUAACACUCUUUCUUUCUAGGAGUCAAAUUGUUAGUUAUUAUUCAGGCACGUAAUGUAGCUCUGACUGUAUGUGCUUCAGCAUAACUUUCAUAUUUUUUCGGCAUUUCACUUUUUCACUGAACUAAAUAUGGAAUUUUUCACAACUUUUGAUUUGUAUACCCUUGUGAUUGAUAGGCUGGGUUGAAGUCAAACAUAGAGGUGUACAAACCAGAAGGAAAAAAAAAGAAAACAUGCUAUUCUGCCUUAUUCCAUGCUAACACAGGAUCCUUUCCUAAUCCUAAUUAAUUAAGAACUUUUUUUGGCAUUGUAUCUUAUGCUCAGCUGCAUCAGCUUUGGCUAGGAUCUCUUCCAAUAUCAAAACUAGCUCACCACAAUUCAUUUUCCUGCCAACUGGCAGAUUGAAUUUUCAGUUUUCAAUUGUCUUGUUUCUUCUUUGACACAUUACAUGUAUUAAAAAAAAGCAGCUUACAAUUGUUCAGAAAUUUUCAUUUUAACAUGAUUUUACUUUUCAUAGGAUAUUGAAUCUGCCAUUGCUUUAGUAUCAUAUUCACAGGUAAGACAGAUAUUGUUUUCUUUUGCCUUUCAAUGUGUUUGGAUAGCCUUGACAAAUUAAAUAUUAUUUUUUUACAGUCUUACUUUAAUUUUUUUAUCGUGUUAUAUGGUAAGUCUUUUUUUUCAAUUGGCUGCUAUUCAAAAAUUUAAGAUAUUGACUGUUUCAUGAUGACUUAUUGUCAAUAUAAUUUUGAACUUAUGUAUCAUGCCAUCAAUAAUAAUUAUUGUGAUUAUGAUAAUAUCUAAAAAUACAAUGUUAAUGGUUCAAAGGAAAUGAAAAAAUUUGCUGACCUGCAUAAAAAAUGCAGUUACUAUAAUGGAAGAUUUGUUAUUGAAUCUUUUCUUCCUUAGCAGCAAGGUAUUAGAACUAAAUAUUGCACUUUUCUGACACAGUGAAUGGGAGGAAAGAUUAAAGUUUUUCUAAACAUUUUUGUUAUAAUUUUACCAAAGCUAGAUAACAUUGCAUGCAAAGAUGCAUAGACUCACAGUGAAAUAAACAUGACAACAUUUCUUUAUUUAGGUUUUUCCUAUGCAAAUUUUCUAGCUGUCCAGAUAGAAUUUGCAUUAAACAUGUAUUGAAUUAUGAUGAAAAGUGACUGAGCAUUUUAUGUUUCUUAUUUAGUCAAACACACUCACUGUUCUUGGUAGACAAAUGUUCGUGAAUUACUCUAAAAGUCAGGAAAUUAAGAGGUGAGCAUGCAGUUAAACAUCCAUGAUUCGUAAUUUUUUGAUCAGUCAUGAAUGCAGAGAAUGAUGCAAACUUCUUGGUGCUUCAUUUGAAACUCUGCUUCCAAAGCAUUAAAAUGCAUAAAAUGGGAGAUGAUACCAUGGAUGCAAAUGAAAUUUAAGUUGUUCAUGUGUGGCUUACCUGCAGAAGUAAAAUCCACACAUAUUCCCCCAAGAGAUGGCAAGAUAUUUUUCUCCCUCACCCAUCUCCUUACCCCUCUUCCUCCUGUCUCCCAUCCUCUGCCCCUGCAAAUUUCUGUCGUCAUUUACUCUAAAACCUAUUCCCAAUCAGAUUUACAAUGUACAUGAUCACAUAACCUCUCUUGUGUGGAGUUACGUGAUCUGUUUAACUCAAUUUCAUACUUGACACAUCAAAUGGAUUUUCUUUUCCUGUCCUUUUUUAAGCUGGAGAACCUAAACACUAAAGUUAAACCAUCUUGUUUGCAGUGGUGACAGUUGUGAAAAUGUGACCUGCUGCUUACACUUAGCCACAAGUUUUAGCAGUCACAGUAAGGGAUGUAGCAGGCCUAUUCCAUACAAAACUAAACAUCACCAUUCAACCUUGUCCUGAGCUCUAGUGUGUGCUUUACUCCGUGUUAGAGGUCCCCCACUCCUCCAGCUCUUUCAUAACUGUUCUCUGCCAGGUGGUUUUUGGCUGGCGUCUUUUCUGCCCACAUCUAUUGGUGCUGUCCCUACGAUCUAAAUGCCUGGAACAGGCUACUGGGCACCGUUAGGACUUGACCAAGCCAUGGCAGCCUGUGGUUAUUACAACCAACAGCUCCUAUGGCCUUUUGAAUUCUUUGAAGAAAAGGUUUCCUGAGAGUUCUGUUAGGGUGAUUGAUGCAGGCAAAAAUGUAGUUAUGUGGUUAAAUUUGUGGCGUUAGAAGUUGAAUGCUAUUGCAAAGUGCAUUUUUAAAAUCUGUUCACUUGUUGAAAUCAUUAUGUGCUUAACAGAUAGGUUUCACCAUUUGCACUUUCUUACUUAAGCUGAUCAAUGUCGUUACUUAAAUGCCUUGGGUUAUUUUUUUCUAAUAAUAUUAUUUAAAUUUGUUUCAAGAAAAGAAAAGCAAAGUUUUCAGUGAAAGCCCUGUGACAGCAAAUCCAGCUUUGCUCAAUGUUGAUGCUGAAGAUGGGCUGUACUGCCCUUUGCAGAUCAGACAUUUAGAUUUAGAUUUUAUUCCUUUUCAGGGAUAAAGUUCUUAAUGGGGACAGCAAUGGAGGAAGUUCUGAAGCCAGCAACAUUCUCCUUCUAACAAUCAUCAAUCCUUUACACCCAAUCACAGUGGUAAGUUAGUGUUCAAAUUAUUCCAGGUGUCAAAAGGGGCCCACAAUCCUAUUCUCCAGGUUGCUAUCAAGCAUGCAUCAAGUCAGCAUUUGUCUGGACUUGCACUAAGAAUGAAUGGAAUGUACAGAAUGCCAUCUGAUCACCCAUGUCUGUACCUUCUAUCACUCACAACCUGAUCAUGCACGUUCUGACCUUCUAUCACAUGCAACUUAUGCAAAGUGCCAGCGUUGGAGCAAAAGCAUUUUGCCUUAGAUCAGAAUCCUGAAACUUGCCCACAGUCCCUAACCUUUGGUUAUUAUUAGUUGUGUUAUUUUUUGUCUUAUGGUAAAAAUCUUUGUUAUGCUGUAGUUGCUUAAAUUUCAGUGAAGAUUUUGUUGGACUGGAAUUAGAAUUUACAUCACAUCAUUAUUUAAAAUUUUUGAUUUUUUUAAUGACACUUGAAUAUCCUUUUCCUUGCAGAAAGUGCUUCAUAAAAUAUGCACUCCCCAUGGCAAGGUUUUACGAAUUGUGAUUUUUCACAAAAAUGGAUUACAAGCUUUGGUUGAAUAUCCUUUCCAAACUUUAUGUACUUUGUUGUUAAAAAGUGUCUGCCCGGAGUAUCUAAAACUCUCAACAAAAAUGAUGUGGAAAAGAAAAUUCUGGAAUGCAUGUCAAAGAUUAUUUUUCAUAAUGGCAUGUUCACUGGCCUUGGUUAAAAGAUAGUCAAAACAGUAGACAAUGGCCAAAAAUAGCCACAACAACUUAAUGCAUGAAAAAAUUUUGUCUACAGGACUAACACUGAUUUCUGCAUUGGAGACUGAUUUUCUAUCGUUCAAACUAUACCUUUUUUUAAGUGUCAAACAAACAUAGUAGUAGAGGAACCAAUGAAUGGGGACACUAUAAAUUAAAAUAAGAAAGUAUUCUCGUAGCGAUUAAAAUCGAAUUAAUAAAACUAUUUCAAGUGUAUCAUUAUUGACUAGAGACCGAAGGGUAAAAUUUAUAAAAUUACAGUGAAACCUGUAUUAAGUGGACACGCUCGGGGAAUGCUGUAGUGUCUGCUGAAUACAGGGUGUCCGCCUAAUAGAGGUUUCGAUAGAUAACGUCAUAUCAGGUGUCAAAUGCCAUUCAAAUGAACAGUGGAAAUGUUUAGAAUACUUCCUGAGACUCUGACGAUAUACGUUUGCAAUUUUUUUUGUUUGACCAAUUAUUGAUCGUAGUACCAUAAAAAUAGACUGCAACUCAAAUUUGGAGAAAUCAGAUGAGUGAAACAAGCUCUAUACAAACAAAGUGAAACAGAACACAGGGCUGUGCGCUAGCAGAGCCCAGUGGCCCCUGGUGCCUAACUUUUGCCCUCGGGUGACAAAAAAAUCUCAGAUUUUUCAUACAAAUGAUAUGCUUGGCACCAUAGAUUUUACAGUUUCAUAGCACUGGGCUCCCUUCAAUUUUCCUUUGAGCACAGCCUUGGAACAAUACCUAAGUAUUGUGAAACUAAUCAAAUAAGUUUGUCAAAUCAUGUUUUUUAAUGUAAAAAUCGAAAAAAUUUGUGGGUGGCAAUUUGAGGCAAUCUUUCGCAUUUCCAGUGUCUGACAUGUUGGGUGGUGGAAUUUAAUUGCAAGUGUCCGUUUAAUACGGUGUCUGGCGUGUUGGGUGGUGGAAUUUAAUAGUUACAAGUGUCCAUUUAGUACAGGUUAUCAACAAUAGAAAUGACCAUUUCAGGUACUUUUUAGGUGUCUGCCUCCACUUAAUAGAGGUGUCCACUUAAUAAAGGUUUCAUUUAAAGUAAAUCAGGGAAAUAAAUUUGGGGACUUCAGCUACUGUCCGCUUAAUAGAGGAUGUUUGCUUAAUGCGGUGUCCACUUAAUACCGGUUUCGCUGUAUUUUAAUUUUAAUUUACUGUAAUUAUUUUGUAGUCAAAACUCAGAGAUAAAGCUAUUAUAAUAUAUUAUAUUCUUAACUUUCAUUACAUUUGACAAUGUUGAGGCAGCAGAACGAGCACUUGCAUCACUUAAUGGACAGGACAUCUAUGCUGGGUGCUGUACCCUCAAGAUUGACUAUUCAAAGGUAUUAAAUGUUCCCAAGAUAAAAGUUUUUUCAGUGAUUUUUUUUAUUGAGGAAUAUUUGAUAGUAGACUGCAACUUUGAUUAAAAGGUUACUCGUCCAUUACUUUUUAUGCAAUAUUAAUGCAAAACCAAGAUAAUUGCAAGGUCGUUUUUGAUGCUCAGUUAAAAAAGAACCUAACUUAAAAGUAAGUAGAUCUUACUUUGUCAACAAAAAUGUCUGAAUUGUCUGACUCUUCAAGGUGUCACAAGAAAAAGUUGCAUUCUUAGUCUAACAAAUAUUAUAAAGUCCUAAUUAAUCAAUGAAUUAUCUCAAAAUAUUAGUGACAGGUCAGUGUUACAGGUAGUUGUAGUUGGUAUAAAUCUCAAAACUUGUUUUUUUUUUCUCUCUUUUUUUAUCACUGGCUAUUUUCAGAAAGCUAAGAAGUUGAAUGUUUUUAAAAAUGAUGAUGAAACAUGGGAUUAUACUGGGGCACUGAACAACAAUUCAGGUAACUUUGUACAGAUUAUUUAAUAUUUGACUGUACUUUUAUCUUCAGAGGUGAUGAUGGGUAAUUACCAGUAGAGAACCCCUUCCCCCACCACCGUAGCUGUCAUAAGAAGUAACUGUGGCAUAAGAUCGUCUUUUAGGUCAUUCAGUCUUUCAACCAGUUUGGCGCUAGUCAACGAUUCCCUGCCAACUCCACUCCUAACCUUUUAGUUUAUUAAUCUCUAGUCUGGUCAGCUUGUCAAUAAACUGUGUUGCCCAAACAUUGUGGUCUGUGUGUGAUAUCAUUAGUAAUUUAUAUUCUUGUUACGGAAUUUUAGCUAUUGUUGAACUCCUGUAAUACUUCUUCAGUACUUACAGAUAUACCAGUUUCUAACCAUUGCCGUUCCUUUUUUUUUCCCAUUAAAAUGUGUUUCAUAGAUGGUUUGUGAAGUGGUAACCUUAAUCAUUUAAUGUCAGCGUUCUUUUCUUAUAUAUCUAAAUAAUACUAGUAUUUGUAACUUAACAGCUAACCAGCACAGGUACUUACAUGUAAAUACAAUCAAAUGUAAAAGCAGGAUCCUCAGCUAAUUUAUGCCUUUUAAUUGUCUUCCUAAUAACUAUUAAUAGUUUUAUAUGUAGCAAAGAAAUAAUAUACUGGUUUUGUGCCCAGUUGUCCCCAAGCUACUCUGUGCAUGAACCCCCCAGCUCUUUUCACAGGAAGCGAAAGAAAAAUUGAACCAAAAGAACUUCAUAGCUGCUCCCCUCCUAAUUACAUAUACCUGGCAACUUGAAAUCUUAGCAGCAGCCCUGUCAAUCUUGCCAUCUUACUGUUAUUGAACAGGAAUUCCAAGCAAGACCGCGCUCCUGGGCUCAGGACUGUUGUCAGCAAUUUCAGGUAGGUUUUUGCUUACCGGAAUGUCAGAUUGUCGUUGAAGGCAAGGAAAAGGUCUAUCAGUUGAAGAAAAACUAACUAACUAACUAAAUAAAUAAAUAAAUAAUGAUAUUAGAGGUAGCACAUCCAGUAGGUUCUUCAUCUGCCUGAUUCCUGGUCGAAUUGGAAUUUGGAAGUGUUUGGUUUUGAGGGGAGGGGAAAACCGGAGUACCCAGUGAAAAACCUCUCGGAGCAAAGACGAGAACCAACAACAAACUCAACCCACAUAUGGCGUCUAUGCCAGGAUUUGAACCCGGGCCACGUUAAUGGGGGGCGAGUGCCUCUGGCCCUAAGUUUCAAACAGCUAGCAACAGUAAUAAGUGUGUGGUUUUGAACUGUUCUCAUGUGUUAUAAGCUUUUUUGUGAUUGGUUAGUUCACAAUAAUAAAUUAUUGGCCUGUCAGAAUCGAAUCAAAGUGUUCACAGUGUUUUGAAGUGGAGAGUAAAAAUAUCCAGUAGCUUGUGCACACUUUUUCAAGUGGCUUAAGCUGUGUACGUUGGCCUCACUGCAGUAUGAGGGGACAUUGCUUGGCACAGAUAUCUUCACUUUUACACUCCAUCAUAAAUUGCAGGGAGAAUGAGUGCAAAUUUUUGGCAAAAAGUGUGCAUCUGCUUGUAGGCUGGAGUGGACGCAGCAGCUUCGCAUUAUGGGAAUAAAAUUGGACUUUUAUAGGUGGUCAUAAUGCACCAAUUUCUUUGAGCGUUUUUAUAAUAAUAUUUUCAUUUAACUUUCUCAGGAAAUGAUACAAUUGAACCUCAGCUGUCCAGUUCACCACCGGAUAGUAUAUUACUAAAUGGAAAAAUGAGUGAGUAACAAGUAUUGUAAUGUUAUGGUUUCCAUCAGAAAGCUGACACCAGUUGUAUUGCUUAGUCCCUGAAAAUAAUAUAGCCUUGCUUCACAUGUCCUGAGAUUUUCAACUUUGUUUUGAAACUUUUCUGUGGCACUAACUCAUCCUAUUUUCUCAAAACAUUUCAUAUUGUAGGUGUGAAUGGUUCAGCACUUUCUAUCUCCACUGAAGCAAUUGCAAGAGCAGCGCAGUUUCCUACCGUACAAAGUAUGAACACUGAUGAAUGAUAUUGAAGUCGUUCAAAAUAUUACUUUAUAUCCUACAGUUACAGCUAAAUGAAGACUCUGUCCAAGUAUUUAAAUGUCUCUCUUAGAAACCCGUUGUAUUGACCACUCAAUAUCAUUUAUCCAUAAAUUUUCCAUCAUUGGACAAUCGACAUAAAUCUUACAAUUUUGUUCAGCAUUACCACAUUAUGAAAAAUUACAAGGAAAUGUAAGCCAAUCAGAAACAGGGACAUAAUUUGAAUACAUGGCAGUGAAAGUUAUUUCAUGGACCUUUAACUGGGUUUGUACGUGUAUCAGUACACUGAAUGACCAUUUUUAAGACUGUGGGCUUGAAUAUAAUGGUCGCUCUCUAAUGUGUGCAUGUUUCUUGAUGACUUUUCUUUGCAGGUAUUCUGGCUAAAGUGGCUUCUCUUCAUGGUACUCCACCCCCUAAAAGUCCAACAUCAGGUAAAAGGAUCUUGAUGAUAAAUUUCUAAAGUUGCUAAAUGUUAUGGCAUAAUAAAUGUAGCUUGGGUGUUCGUCAAGCUAUACAAUCUUUGUCCUUAUUUUCAACAGGCAGCACAUCGCCAGUGGAGAAUGUUGUCAAAAAGCUCGGGAUUCUUGGAAGCUCGCCAUACCAGCUGUCACCACAGGGUGGAAUCUUGAGCGCUCUUCCUGGACUAACACAGCAACAACAGCAGCUGAAUGGCAUUUCACAUGCUUUGAAUGCAGGUAUGAUAUAUAUAUUUUUUGUUUUUACGGCUCAAUAACUAACGAAAGGUUGUCCUGGGGAAAUACUGGAGCUAGGCUUCGACUGUAAGGGUAUAAGCACAUGGGGGCUCAUACACACAAGUCCUGUAAUGUCUGAAUGAUGGAUAGCUUUAAUCUUUAAUCUUUAAAGGGUAUGCUCCUAAAACAGUUUUAAUUAACUAUACUAGGAUUUUUAAAAGCAUAAUUAAGUAAAUAAGUAACUAAAUAAAUAAACAUAUAAUUAUGUACACAUUUAUUCAUUUGUUUACCAAUACAGCAACCCCUCAAAAAGAAGAUUAUUAGCCGGUGGGGUAACAAAGAAAAAAAAAAACAACAAAAAACAAAAAAAACACAAAACACAUAACACAUAACACAAAUAACAAGUAACUAGUUGAUUAGUUAGUAACUCAAUUCAUGAUCAGAAACAGUCCAAAAUCGCUCCAACUGUUGAUGGGUGAUUCUAGACACACUGGCCCGGAACUGAACACGAUCAGCGGAGAGAGUAAAAACAUCUGCAGGCAGUGAAUUCUACUGAACUAUAGUUCUUGGGUAGAAAGACAGUCUGUGAGAGGUUGCAGAGGUGGAAAUCGGGAUGAAGGAGUGAUCAUGGACAUGUCUACUUCUGCGUGUUGGUGAACGCAAAUUGUCGCCUGGGUUCACUGCAACUAAGUUGUUAGUAGAUCCUAUACAACAUGGUCAGGCGCGCGUCGACUCUUCUUUGUACUUUUUAACCCUUAAAACCCCAAGAGUGAUCAGCAUCAAAUUUCCCCUUGUAACAGAGUGGUCGUGAGAAUUAAGGACGUUAUCACACAAGAUGUGUUUGUUUGAUAUUUUAUUAACUUCUCCCCACAACUUAAGUGGUAAAUGAAUUUGGGCGACAAAGGAGAAUUUUAAUUUUAAUCAAGUAUAUACCUUUAUGUUCUCACUCUCUCCUUUCAGGUGGCACGGGUUGUGUGUUGAUGGUCUACGGACUAAAUGCUGAAAAAAUGAACUGUGAGAGAAUUUUCAACUUGUUUUGCCUGUAUGGUAAUGUUGUCAAGGUAAAUACAACCUCAAUCCUACCCUGGGUGCCAGAGACUUUUCUAGCGCGGUUCCGGUUUCUGUCAAGUCUUUACAGUGACCCGCUCGAAAAGUUUUUUCUCGCGACUUCGGCUUACUGUGUCGGCCUUCGGCCAGCGCCGAAAAUUCCUGCCGUACGCGAGAAAAACCUCUGGUACCCAGGAUACCUCAAUCCAAACAGAAACACGAAAUUUAAAGCAGGGAUUUUUGGAGCAGGCCAAUUUGUUGAGUUUAUUUUAUCCCAUGAAAGGAAUUAAACAUGGAAUAAAGAUGAUGUGAACUGCCAUACAAAUUAGUUUAAAUUUUUAGACACAAAAUUCCACAAAUGCAGAAGGCUGUAAUAUUAUAACUCUAGCUUAUUAACAAGACAAAGAGAAAAGGGCUGUUACUGUUAAGUUCACUGUAAGAACCCAGAUUAGAAAUAAAUAAUCAAUCAUCCUUUUAAACGUUGGAAAUUUAAUUUUCGGUGAAAAAUUACUCGGGAGACACCAUUCUGAACCUUGUAAUAAAAUCUGUGCCCAAAAACUGAUUUCACUGUAUUUUAAAAGUGCAGUGAUGUCUUAGUGCUACAUCGUUCUAAUAAAUUUGUGCUAAAUUUUCCAGGUUAAGUUCCUUACAAACAAACUUGGUGCAGCUAUGGUUCAGAUGUCGGACAAAGUCGCUUCUGAAAUGAUUAUUAGGAACCUAAGUGGAGCCGUCCUUUUCGACUCCAAGAUCAACGUCAUGUGAGUGUAGCUAACCCUAAUUUAAAAAAUAGGGACUUUAAGAUUCGAGGACGGCGAAGGCGGCGGAAACAUCGUUUAAAAAUCAGUUCGCGUUCUUUCAAUCUUCAUCGCGAUUAUCCCAUCUCACUUAAUUUGUCUAAUGUAGGCAAACAGUCCGGGAGUUGAAUUCUUAAGAACCAUGUCCAAGUUGAGAAAGAGACUCGGAAGUAAUAGUUCGACGUCCUCCAUGAAACGUGAAAUCCCGUCGUAGUCGUGUAGUGACGGCAAAGAAAUGUACAAAAAAGCGUGAUAUUGUUGUUGUAUUUGUACGUGGUUAAUGGCAAAAAUGAACGAAUGAAUGAAUGAAUGUUUUGACUAUGCAGUCGCCGUCGUUGGAUCAUAAUGGGUUGGUAGUCUUUGUUUGUUUAUUUGUUUGUUUUUAAGAGAGCUUUUUGUGUUUCUGUGGCAGGUUUUCGAAGCACCCGUUUAUUGCCGAUUCAUCUGUGGUAACAGCGUUACCCGAUGGCACACCGUCGUCCAUGAAUUUUGCUGACAACAGAAACAACCGCUUUAAGUAGUAAGUUGAAGGAACGUUUCCUUGGUCCCAGAGAUUUUUCUUGAAAAUCUCUCUCCGCUUGAGAGAGAGGAAGCCGCGAAGCGGGCGAAAAGAAUUUGACACAAUGCUACAAACGUCCGGUUCUAAAUGUUGAAAAAUCAUUUAUACUUUUACUUAUUUCUAAGCAAUGUCUUUAAUGCUGAGAUUUCUUAGGUCUCCUCCAUUAAAAAGGCUUUGUUUCCAGGUUUUUAACCUCAGAAUCAUAAUAGACGUCUAUAGUUUGACAUUUAAAAGUUAGGCUCCGCUGUGUUGUGUUCGAAGUUACUGAUUUUGCUUUCUUUCUGUUUGUGCAGUCUACCAGAGGGCCAAAGUCUCAAGAACAGUAUCCUUUACUUUGACGAGCGCAAAACAUUUUUUGAAAUGUUGCGAGUGAUUUACCUAUUACAAACCGAAUGAUCACCACUAUAAUCUCUUAGCCAUAAGGCAAUUGACCAAUCAUCACCUUGAUUUACCCUUGUUAUUACGUGGAUAUAAGCAGUUAACCAAUCAGCGCCUAGAUUUGCCAUUGUAAUCACGUGGCUAUAAGCAGUCAACCAAUCAGCACCUAGAUUUACCAUUGUAAUCACGUGGCCAAGAAAAGGUUAACCAAUUAGCAGCUCAGGUCUAAACUUGAGAUGUAUCCUGAUUAUUAUUGGGCUUAAUGAAUCUGACCUCAGAAAACUAGGCUAAAUAUCUAAGUGCAGAAAAUACUUUUUCGGAAGAAUAAUAUUUUAGUUUAGCUGUCUCAAGAAAUGCAAAAAAAAAAAAAAAAAACCAAUAAAUUAAAAGGCGCGAAGAAAGAGGUUAUUAAAAUUACCAAUAAAUUUUUUAUAUGUAACUAAAAAAACAAUGAAAUAAAACACCCCAAAAAAUAACUUCAUUUUUUUUAUUGUAUCAACACAUAUGAACUAUACAAAAAAAAAGUUUAGCUGUCUCAAGAAAUGCAAAAAAAAAAAAAAAACCGGUAAGUUACAAGCCGCUACAGCAUGGCAUAUUAACACCACCAAUACGUUUUGUGUCUGUUACUGAAGUUACGGGUGAAUAAAAUCUCUCGAAAAAUUCUUCAGUUGAAUAUGGCGUAGAUUUAGGUAGGAGUGUUCCUAAUGAAAUUUCCUUAACAGACACAUUACACAGGAUACCAACCACCCACAAGAAUGCUUCACUUUUUUAAUGCACCCCCAAACUGCACUGUAGAAACUCUCAAAGAGGUGAGUGUUUAUUUUGGGUAUGUAUAUGCCUCGAGUCCAACCAAUCCCCACAUCGGAGGACAUGGUUUGUCAGGCUACAGUCUGAGAUACUGAACUUGACUCGCAGUUUUUUUUUCGUUUCAGGUUUUCAUUGCAGCGGGAUCACUGUCCCCUCUUAAAGGAACAUUCUUUUCAAAGGGUUAGUCUGGAUGUGUUAUAUAUUACUUAAGCUGUUAAGGAGAAUACAGCUUUAUGACCCAAACAGGGUAAUCUGACUUAUCCUUCCCCGAUAGCACGCGGAAAUCAAGGUUCCUAGGAACAACUGUCUAAGCAAAUUUUGGAGCAAGGCUAACUUUUAUUUCAGUACGUUUUCGAUGAAGUGUAAUCGAAGUUGUUUUUCUACUAUAAAAUGCGAUGUUAUUCGCUGGUCAUGCAAAUUAGAUUUGGACGCAUCUCUCAAUCUUAAAUAUCAUGUAGGCAAACGACUGUUUAAAGGAGAUAAAUUGUAUAAUUUGAUGGGAGUGUCGCGAGCUCAAAUAGUCCAGAAACUAAGCUUCGUAAACGUUCGAUUUUUUUUUUGGCAAUGGGGAUUUACCGCGAGGUUUCAAUUUGGUGCAAGUCAACUUAACUGGCCUCAUUUAUGUUUAGCCAAUGCAAAGUCAUCAGCGGGACUGCUUGAGAUGCCAGAUAUCCGUUCAGCUAUGGAGGCGCUCACGCUUACAAACCACUUCACCAUCAAUCCACCAGGUAAUGAACGUACUUGCUUUUUUCUACUGCUAUCUCAUAGCUGAUGAGCGGCUUAAAAGUGAUCAGUAUCUAAUUUUUCCUAUAAUGUCACUGCUUAGUCAGGUCUUGAGAAAAAAGGAAGUAACUGCCAAAGAUAAAACCUGUUGAUUAUUAAACAAAUUCUCUUUAUAAGUAGUAUAAGAAAGCUAUGAAAACAGUGUGGAGAUUAUUGGUUUAAUGGUUAAGCAUCUCUGCCUGGGUUGUAACCCGGAGUUAACGCGAAAUUUGAAUUCAAGUCUGAACAUUUACCAACAAAUCCUUGUAAAAAGGGUUUUCUCCGACAAUUUGAUGUGUUAAAACUAAAGUGAAUUCUUGGUUCAUCGUCGCACCGUAUAAAGUUCACGGUUUCUAAACUAAGAACACCAGCAUUAAAUACACUGUCUGUGCAGUAUUGACGUCAUAAGUAAAGCAGUUAUGUACUGACUCAUUUUCUUGCAGGUGGUGGGUCUUAUACGCUGAAGCUUGCCUUCUCCCCAAGCUCUUCAAUAUCGCCCACAGCUCCAACGGUUGCGCCCGCAGUGGCUGCCGCAGCGGUUGCUGUCAGCAACGGCGCCAAUCCCUUAGGUCCAAUCGGCUCACCAGUGCACCCAAGAUGCAUAGCGACCAGCCCUAUCAGCCUCGUGACAAAUGGCGUAAAAGAAUUAAAUGGAGACGCAGAAAGGAAUGGACUGAGUCCCGAACAGCUGACAACUUCAAGCCCCUAG